ACACUGCAUGACACAUGUGCUGCUUCCUUUUCCAGCGGUAACUGGUCAGGAACCCGACAAGAAGCAUUUGAACAAGAGCUGCUUUCUCCUGGUCUCUGCCCAGUUCUUCCAGCUGUUCUGCUCCAUCCAUCUUUGGACUGUGUCUAGGGAAACGAGACUGCAAGUACAAAACAAGAGGGGGGAGCCUUUCUGAAUGCAUAAAAGAUGACUUCCCAUAACAGUACAACAUCUCCUCCAUCUGCAAAUAUUGAAAGCUCUCCAGCAGCAGCUGAUAUUGGAGUCAUUGGAGGUGUCAUUGCUGCUGUGGCUCUUGUUUUGAUUUGUCUCUUGGUAGUGAUGCUACACUACAUGUACCGGCACAAGGGCACCUACCACACCAAUGAAGCAAAGGGAACCGAAUUUGCUGAAAGCGCAGAUGCAGCUUUGAAAAAUGACCCUACCCUUCAAGAAGCCAUGGAUGAGAGCCGGAAAGAAUAUUUCAUCUGAGAGCAAAGGCAGCCCCACUGAGACACACUUAGUAAGUCUCUCCUUCUCAAGGGAAUCGAUCAAAGGCACUAUAUCAAAAAGCACCAGGAUAUGAAGAUUGCACAGAGGAAAACAAGAGGACUAAUUGAAAUAUUGCUGUUUGCCCUCAAGAAGAACUAAACACCAGGUCCUUGGCUGUUUAUUUGAUUUGAUUAGCAGCACAGCUCAAUUCAAUAGCAGAUCAAGAGAAACGAAAAUAAAUCUCAGGAUAAGUGAUUAACUGGAAGCAGAUAAUAACAUCAAAUGUCAAACCUUGACAUUUGGCAAAAAUAGCAAGUGCCAAUGGAAAACAUCCUCAUAUCCAUUGAUCCGUGCUGCAUGGUUACCAUACCUGAAAAGGAAGUUUAAGUCACAACAAAACAAAUGUGAUGCAUAAAACUAGAUUCUGGCAGAAGGCCUACUAUCUUGUUUUCCUAAACAUGCAUAAACUAGUCACUGUGAAAAAAAAAAUGCAGAUACCACCCCCCAAGUAACAAAACAGCAUUAUAUCCUGAAUUUUGCAAAAAAACACAAACACUGUGGGAAAAUCU